AUGGUCAAGGCAGCAACUAAGGUCAAGACCGGCAAGGUCGAGAAGCGCCGCAGCAAGAAGGAUCCCAACGCCCCGAAGCGCGGUCUGUCUGCAUACAUGUUCUUCGCCAACGAGCAGCGUGAGAACGUCCGUGACGAGAACCCUGGCAUCUCGUUCGGUCAGGUCGGCAAGAUCCUGGGUGAGCGCUGGAAGGCUCUGAACGAGAAGCAGCGCACCCCAUACGAGGCCAAGGCUGCUGCUGAUAAGAAGCGGUACGAGGACGCCAAGGCAGCCUAUAACGCGUGA